AUGGCUGGACAAAGACUUGUCACAUUGUGUCCGGUUCAGAAAGAAGCGGUUAUUUGGUGCGAAAAAUGUAUGGUUAGGUACUCAAACUGGUCGAUUUUCGAAAGAUUGGAGAUUUUUCCUCAAGCAAGCUUUACCGGAACAAGAAACUUCACCGGAGAUAGAGAUAGUUGGGAGAAAUCAUUAAGGGGUUUACUUGAAGGGCUUAAAAACAGAGCAUCAAUGAUUAGUCGGAGUAAGAAGAAUUUUGUUGUCGGAGAAACUAGCGGUCCAUCGUUUCAGACAUUGUACGGUAUGGUUCAAUGCAUACCGGAUAUAUCGGAAGAGGAUUGUUCGUAUUGUUUGUCUCAAGGUAUUGCAACUUGUGAUAUGAAAAUGAGUGGUUAUGUGUUGUCUCCUAGCUGUUUAUUGGCUUAUGCUCCAUGGAGAUUCUAUGAUCCUGUAAACACUGAUGAUCCAAGCUCAGUGCCUGUUACACCAUCAGUGAAUCCAAAGAAUGAGACGAGAAGUGUUGCGCAAGGGGAUAAAAACAGAGGUGUACCUAAAGCUUUGAUCUUUAGUGCUGUUUCAGUUUCUGUUGCUGUCUUAGUUAUCAUAUUCUUAGUUGUUUUCCUAAGAUCAAGGAAGAAGAGGAAGAAAAAAAGUGCAGAACAAAAUCUUGAAGGAGUACUUUCUGAUGGACAAGAAAUAGCGGUGAAAAGGUUGUCGAAAAAUGCACAACAAGGUGAAACAGAAUUCAAGAACGAAUUCUUAUUAGUGGCAAAGCUCCAACAUCGUAAUCUUGUCAAGCUCUUAGGUUACUCAACAGAAGGAACUGAAAGGCUUCUCGUUUAUGAGUUCCUCCCACACACUAGUCUCGACAAGUUCAUCUUCGAUCCUAUAGAUGGUAAAGAAAUGGAGUGGAAAAUUAGAUACAAAAUCAUUGGAGGUGUAGCUCGAGGGCUUCUUUAUCUUCAUCAAGAUUCUCGUAUGCGGAUUAUUCACCGUGAUCUUAAAGCUAGCAACAUAUUGUUAGACGAAGCAAUGACCCCAAAAAUCGCAGAUUUUUGA